AUGCGUGAGUACGAAGGUCGCACCCAGAAUAUGCAUGAAAAUAUAAUACGAAAAGUAGAACAACUGGUGGCUGAUAUGACACGACAACUUAUGUUAAACGCCAGUAAUGAAGAGGAUAUUGAGGUGGAAGUGAAAAUGUUGUUUGGAAAAUUUGUCCGUAGUCCAAAAAAUGCAACUAGCCAGAAGUUAGUUCAGCACUAG